GUAGCAGGGGCCCGGUGACUAAGCAGAGCAUGAAGAAUAAAUUUUACUUCACCGUGGUAUGAGUAUAACAGAAGUUAAUUUCAGCGUCUAAAACCCAUUUUUCCGUCUUUCAUAAUGCCCAAGAGCGAGUCAAAAUCCCGCUCAAGAAGCAAGAGUGGAAGUCCGCGUCGAAAACACAAGAAAGAUCGCAGUUAUCGUCGGAAAACGCGGAGUAGAUCGCCGAGCUCGACGCCAUCUUCGUCGAAGAAAAGUCGCGAUCGUUCACCUCGCCGACGCUCGAGAUCACCGAGAAGAAAAAAGCGAUAUUCUAGGAGUAGGAGUCGUUCUCCUAGUGUUGAUAGAUUUGGCCGAUCGAUAGUGAAGAGAAAAGACGAUGACCCCGCUAAACGAAAGGAACUUGAGGAAGAGAGACUGCAAGAAAUGGAACGGCAAAGAAAAAUUCGAGCUACAGAGAAAGAAAAGAUGAUCAUUGAGGAAGAAACACAAAAGCGAGUUGAAGAACUUGUUGCUAAGAGAGUUGAGGAGCAACUUGCAAAGAGGAAAGAUGAAAUUGAUGCUGAAGUUAUGAAAAGAGUUGAAGAAGCCAAGAGUGUUAUGGAGAAACAGAUGGUUGAAGAGUUUGAAAAACGACGACAGGAGCAACUUGAAGAACAGCAGAUGAAAGAGAUUCCGGUGGCGAUUCAGUUCAGAAGGAAAACAUUGUCAAGAACAGUCAGUCUUUCCAAGCAUUUGGAUUUAAACCUUCUUAACUCUCUCUUGUGCCGAUAAAUCCUUGAACUUGAACUUGACAUUCAAACAUUCAGAGUUUUACAAAAGACUGCAAUCUUUCAAGAACUGCGCAAUUUUUGAAAUUGCUCAAAGUUUAGGAACUUUCAUCUAAUGGAAAAAUUAUUUAGCGCACCUCUCGUAGGAACAUUCCACCUUGAGCCACCUCUAAUAAGUGAAACUUUCUGGGAGAGUUCAAGUCUUCACAGACUCUGAAGGAUUUCUUCGCAGAGCCUUUGCUUGGAGCAUUUCAUAGGAAUUGUUAGGCGGAAAUGUGUAUGUAUGACUGGUAUCAAACCGCGGUUUAUGUGCUUCAUGAAGCAAUUUGUAGGCAUACAUUUUCUAAGUGUACAAAUGUACAUUUAUACAAGAUUUGUGACUGUGUUGUGUUAACUGGUAAGAUGCUGUUUCAAUUUGCUUUGAUUGAAAAACUGAACUUGUACAUGUAUCACAAUGUGGUAUAUUAUCGGAGAAAGAAUUGUUAUAAUCAUGGCUAAUGCAAACAGGGAGGGCACCAAAAUUUCUUGGCAUUUGUUGUUUUGCCUUGCAUUUUCUGUUGUCACUGGACUGGCUUGUAUUUUAGUGCAGUAUGUCGUUGUUGUUGGAAAAGUAUCAUUACCUUUACAUUUUAGCGACAAUUUUCCAUAAGAGGGAACAAUAAAAGUUCUGAAUUUUGGUGCCAUUCCAUCUUGUUCUUACUAAAACUUAUUUGAUGGUGGUGGUAGAAUAAACCAGAUAGCAUCCUUGUAAGUGAUGUAUUUGGUGUGGUACAGUACCAUGCUAAAAAGGUGAAAAUAUGUUGAAAGACAUAUCUUGAAUGGUAACUAUUUUCCUUUCUAGGAAGAAGAGCGUCGUAAGAUUCAUCUUCUUGAGAACAAAGUUGAUGAACUUCAAAAACAACUUGAUGAUGCCAAUCAAAAACU